GUCAUCGUUGAUGACUCCCUUCAGAGUUCGGAUUGUUCAGACGCCUCGCUAGAAAGAUAGGUGUGUGCCUGUUGGGGUUACGAUCGUGAGUUGUGGGUUUUUGACCGAAAUAAAGUCGCGUAGACAUUCCAAUUGCGUAUUAUGGAGCCGUACGAUGUGAUCGUCAAUCAGCCGGUGGUUAUCGAUAAUGGAUCUGGCGUGAUUAAGGCGGGGUUUGCAGGUGACCAGAUACCUAAAUGCAGAUUUCCAAAUUACAUUGGGAGGCCAAAACAUGUUCGUGUUAUGGCUGGUGCUUUGGAGGGAGAUCUGUUUGUGGGUCCAAUAGCAGAGGAACAUCGUGGCCUUCUAUCUCUUCGGUAUCCAAUGGAACAUGGUGUGGUCACAGAUUGGAACGAUAUGGAGCGUAUCUGGUCUUACGUUUAUAGUAAAGACCAGUUAGCUACGUUUAGUGAAGAGCAUCCAGUCUUGCUUACAGAAGCACCUUUAAACCCCAGGAAGAAUCGCGAGAAGGCAGCCGAGAUAUUUUUCGAAACAUUUAAUGUUCCAGCUUUAUUUGUUUCCAUGCAAGCUGUACUUAGCUUAUAUGCAACAGGCAGAACCACAGGAGUAGUUCUAGAUGCUGGCGAUGGUGUUACGCAUGCUGUACCUAUUUAUGAAGGUUUUGCUAUGCCUCAUAGUAUAAUGCGAGUUGAUAUAGCAGGGCGUGACGUUACAAGGCAUCUUAGGUUACUUUUACGCAAGGAAGGUAUUAAUUUCAAGACCACUGCAGAAUUUGAAAUUGUCAGAAUAAUUAAAGAGCGAGCAUGUUACCUCGCCAGCAAUCCCCAAAAAGAAGAAACAAUAGAGACCGAGAAGUUUCAGUAUGUUUUACCUGACGGUAGUCAUUUGGAGAUCGGUCCGGCACGAUUUAGAGCCCCUGAAGUGCUGUUUAGACCAGAUUUAAUAGGUGAAGAAUGUGAAGGCCUUCAUGAAGUAUUAACGUAUUCUAUUCAAAAGUCCGAUUUGGAUUUGAGAAAAGUUCUAUUCCAAAAUAUCGUAUUAUCAGGAGGAUCGACAUUAUUCCGCGGUUUCGGUGAUAGAUUAUUAUCAGAGAUUCGUAGGAUGUCGCCAAAAGACAUUAAAAUAAGGAUAUCAGCGCCUCAGGAACGAUUGUAUAGUACUUGGAUCGGAGGUUCUAUUUUGGCUUCUUUAGACACCUUCAAGAAGAUGUGGGUGAGCAAAAGAGAAUUCGAUGAAGAUGGUAUACGGGCUAUUCAUCGUAAAACAUUUUGAAUUUAAUUUAAAGAAGCUUUCGAAAACGUUAUAUAUCGAAUAAUUUUAUUAUAAUACGAAAUGAUGGCACACUCGGCACGAUAACAAAAUGUAUCGCAGCAUAAUUCGUAACUGUUUCGAAUAGUAAUUCAUAAUUUCUAUCAUUAUUUUAGGGAGUCAUUAGAUAUUUCUAAUCAUUUAAGACCAUGAUAUAGUGCAAAAACCGUUUCAAUUUGUUUUUGCUUUAAUGGAUUUAAUGUAACUUUGUUUUGAUAGAUAUAUACAUGAUUAUGUUAAUAUAUUUACAAUUAGAAAACAUGAAUUCUGCAAAGACUGUAUGAUAUGACAAAAGUAAAAAG